AAUAGAUGAAUAAAAAAAUUAGUUAAUUUCCCAACUAACUAAAUAAACAGGAGAAGGUGCAGUCUGAGGAGACUCUUUUCACACACAUUUGGUGCUUGAGUGAGUUUACAGCAACAGUUUACUGUUUGUGGGAUUGACUAAGAAUGAGCCACAGUGCCCAGGUUCAUGGUAAUUAGGAACAUGUCACUCUGUGCAAUAGCGUGACUCACUUAAGUGUUUUCUACAGAUGCAGGAAUGAGUCCUGAAGUGUGGGAAUGAGUUUCUGCAUUUAGUUUUUUGAAUGGGUUUUUGGUCAGAUGCGUGAAAUAAGGUCUGUGGUUAACAUAAGAUAUUUUCACGUUUAUGUCUACGACAUAAAAUAGGUCAGUGAACACCCCACUUGUGGAUUUUGAAGCGUUUAGGUGUGUUGUGAAAGGUGGUUGCUACCAAGCGACUAAAUGAGACUAACGUAAUCACCCUGAACACAGCUGUACAGCCUUGUUGUUGUGGCAACGUUAAGUCGUGCGAUUACAGUGAAGUUAAUUUAUAGCCUUACGUUAGCUUUUUACUUCUUGCGAUUGCAUUUACACUUCAAAAAUCAUGAAAGUGGUGUCUUGAAGAUUAUUUCCCUAAACAAAACAUGUAAGUAUCAUUGUUUGUCACAGAGCUUAUUUUCUCCAAUAAUCAAAAACCAGGGCGACACUAACUUCCGCAUUGAAAGUUUCACUGGUUAACAAUAUAUCAGCAUGUAUUCAAUGGUGCCUCAUAGCACCAUCAACUGAGGUUGUGUUGACCACAUUUCUUGAUUAAUAAUGUAUGCAUCAUUUCACAUCAGUGUCCUGUGGGUGAUUAUGGACUUUAUUUGAUAACAGGAUACUCAGAAAAUUGCGUUUCCUUGGUGACAGAAUGUUUGACACUAAUUUAAACUCAAAAAAAGCACUUCACUCUGAACUCUCUGCUCAUUUGUGCCAGAAAGAUCGAUCGUGUUCAAGCACUCUCGAGUUUCUCGACUCUACACUUGUGAGAUUUACAUUGUCGCUUCGCCUGUUUCAUUUGUUCUGUGUUGUGAUACACAGCAACAAUAUUUCAAUGGAGUUUCUCGAAGGUGGAAUCUACAGACCUAUCAGGGUAAGAGAGACAGUGUUUGUCUUUACUGGGGUUAGAUUUUAUAUAUUUUUUUGAGAUGUAUUUUAAAUAAGUGACGAAAACUGAAAGUAACAUAUUAUUUCCUUUAAAGGUGUUGUUUGACACACCUAUAUAUGAUCGGGCUCUGCAGCUGUGCUGGAAUAUAUCCAGUUACAAGUCUCAGGUAAGAUCUACUAUCCUUCAAAGCGCACACUAAUACAAAAUGCUAGAUCAAUUUUUAAAAACUAUCUUACUACAUUUAAAGGUGACUUAUUUCCUUUAUGUUGUUUAGAUUGCACUGAUGAGAGAACUCCUGAGGCUUCAGCAGAAACAGAAGAUCCCAUCUCAGGUGACGGCUGAAGACAUGAUCGGUUUGCUUUUGAAGGAAAGCAAAAAUACUAUGAGGGAACGGUGAGUUACUGAGACACAUACAGACAGUCCACCACGACACCUUGAACUCUCCUCAUGUCACACUAAUAUAACUAAUACUUUAAAGAGCAACAAGAAAAAUAAAACGUCUGUGUUUCUGUUUGAAGCCUCUGGGCGUUUGAACUGGAAGAUUUUGAUGAGGACGAUGCCAAAUCUCUGCUGACGCUGGUAAGACACGAGUCCUGAGAAGACUUACAGUAGUUUGUUACAAUAUGCUAAUUUCAUCCUCUAAAGCUGCAUGUCAAUGUCAAAACUGCACUUUAGGCCUAAUUCCCUGUUUCAGGUGUGGGCAGUAAAUGUCAGCAACAAAAAGAGGGACAUUGAGUUUGAAGCCCAGAUGCUCCUCAACUCUCCAGAGGCCGUACCUGCUACUUUUCAACAACCUAAAGUCCUCAGCAUGGCCAAAAAGUUCGCCAGGAUCCUGAGAAAGAAGCAGAGGAAGGCUCCCAGCUUCAAACUGCUCAGUCCAAAAGAGGUAGUCCUCGAGGUCGUUCCCAGAGUCCUGCAGGGCUUCUGGGUGCUUCCUCCUCUCCCCCUGUUAAACAUGCCUUCCCAGAGACUUAGCAAAAUGUCUGUUGGGGUUACAAAGGCUGUUCUGGACCAAGUCUCCAAUGCUUUAACCACUGUGGAACAUCAGGUCAUCUUCUCUCGCUCCAUCAGGGAUGAAAUGGUCCAGUCUAUCAUGAACAAGAUCAGACAGACGUUCUCUCAUGACGUCUUGGUGAACAAGAUCAAGCGUUUUGCACCAGUGCUGCUGAGUGAGAUUGUUGAAGUUGCAGUGGGACAGAUUAGUGGGAUGUUUCAGCCCCAGAGCCCAAAAGCAACGGCUCAUCUGACACCCACUGUCGAACCUGCUGCCACCACUCCAAUCCAGGAGGAUUUAAACCUGGCUGUAACUGAGGGGCUGCUAACAACCAGUCCAGAGAUUAACUCUGUGGUGGUGUCAACUCCACCACCUUUUCCAACACCUCCUGCUGAACCUCCAUCUAUAACUGAUGUCGAGGCUAGGGAGAAUGAGAAUGACGAACCCACCAGAGACCCACACCCUGCUGUGGUUCCACCUACUAAGGCACACCCUGCUCCGUUUGUUACUGAUGUUGAGGCCAGGGUGGCUGAAACUGAAGAACCCUGCCUGGAGAAGGACCCAAAGCUCUCCAGAGAACCAGCCUCUGUUGUGUCUCCUGCUCUCCCAGCUCCACUGACCCAUCCUGCUGAACCUGUAAUUAUCACUACAGUGAAGGGCGGCUCGACCACCAGCCCGGCUGAAACAAAGCAGCCGACCUCCAGUCCAGUGACAAGCUCUGCUGAGGUGUCACCUCCACCAGCUCCUCAGACAUCUCCUACUGAACCUCACAUUACGGAUGUCCAGGACAGGGGGGGCAUAAACGAAAGGCCAAACCUGGAGGAGGGCCAAAAACCCACCAGAGAACCAGCCUCUGCUCCUUCAGUUUCAUCAGCUCCUCUGGCCACUCCUCCUGAACUUGUGGUUAUUGUUUCAGCGAACCCAGAGGUCAGAGAGCGGAGAGAGCAGGGCUUCUUCUGCAGGCCCUUUUAGUCUGUGUGCUGCUGCUGUGUAGCCAGCCACACAGAAACUGAGUAACUGCCUCAUAUAUAAAUGCAUCUGUAUUAAAUAUAAUAAAUAAUUCAAAUUUAAAAAUGAAAUAAUUAUGGUCACGUGUCAAAUUGUUUAAAUGCUCUAGCGUUGGAAGGUAUGAACACAGUUAUAAUUUGGAAUAUUUGUUUAAGUUACAAUUUAAUGCUGUGUAAAUUAAACAUUUUACAUAAAGUCCCAGGGCUUCUUUGUUGUCAGUGUUUCUCUUCUUGAACGCCAUCUGCUUAGUCCACAGAUACUGUUACAGGAUACAACUUAAACUGCAAAACUAUGAUUCAAUCAUUUCCAAUAAUACUACAUAUAAUAAGUUAGCAUUAUUAAAUUAUCCAGAAUCAGGCUGUCUCUAAAAAGUACAAAAAGGGAAGUGUGCACAGUGACUGCAUAUUUAUUUGUAAGAGGAUGUAUUUAGAGACUUUACGACAUGAAAUAUAAUAAUACCACAAAGCAAAAAUACUUACAAGUAAAGAUGCUGCAUUCAAAAUCUUUUGCCUUUUUUUUUUUUUUUUUUACAGGUCUGCAAUUUACUUAUAAAAAUCUAUGAAUUUUCUAGGAAAUAGCCACAUAAUUUGAUACUGUACUGAGCAAAAAUGGGAAUUUCGAAGAAUAAAGAGCUGCAUUUAAAUCCAAAUACAUAUUCAUUCACUAUUUAUUUAUUAUGUGAAACUUAAGUUUCCAUUAAAGCUGAACUGUUUGCUUGCCUGUAGACUAAUUUCACAUUUAUGCAUAUCCAGCUGACCUGCUGUGCACUGACUACAAGACUCUCUAAGUUACAGUAGCAAUUAAUUGGAAAUAAUUAAAUGGAGGCGUACCAGCUGAGCACUCUCUCUGUUUUGCAAAUAAGUUUUCUCAAGAAACUCACUGGAAAGUAUUAUUCUGAAAUUAAAGUCCUGUAAAACAAAGUGUUACAUAAUCUUAUGAUAAUACAGAAUGGUACGUUUGUAGAAGUGCAAAUAAAGACUGAAAGACAAGCACAUUAAAAUUAUAUUUAAGUGGAGUAGUACUUUCGCAAAUGUCAGUCAAGAUUGUAGGUUUGUAUCCUUAACUGACAGACAACUCUUCCUCCCUAAACGCCAACUUCCUCUGUGCCAUAAGCAAGACACCUCACGCUCAGUUGUUGCUAUGGAGCUGCUGCAGGCGGCCAUUAAAAUACAGUUUUAGCAGGAAACUCCCAGGUGUGACUGUGUGUAACUGAGUGUGAAGCAGAUUAUUACUCUUCACUUCUCUGCUUAAAUGAAGGUUAAGAAGCUAAAUAUCAACAAUAAAUCAUCUUUGAGGACAA